UUGACGCCCUCUAUCGCUCGUCUGUCCUGAAACCAGCGGGGUGAAGGUGAACCCAGGCCCGUUAUUCUCUAUCCGUCUACCCGUCGCUUUGAAGCACCCUCUCCGCCUUGUCCCCCCACCCACAAGAGAGCCAUGUCCGUCUUCAGCGAGGUCCCGCAGGCUCCUCCGGUCGCGGUCUUCAAGCUGAGCGCUGACUUCCGGGAGGACAGCCACCCGCAGAAGGUCAACCUGGGAGUCGGAGCUUACCGGACCGAUGACUGCCAGCCCUGGGUGCUGCCGGUGGUGAAGAAGGUGGAGCGGCUGAUCGUGGAGGACGGCAGCUUGAACCACGAGUACCUGCCCAUCCUCGGCCUGCCCGAGUUCCGCUCCGCUUCCUCCAAGGUCGCCCUGGGAGACGACAGCGCCGCCAUCAAGGACAACAGGGUGGGAGGCGUCCAGGCUCUGGGUGGGACCGGUGCGUUGAGGAUCGGGGCCGAGUUCCUGCGGCGUUGGUACAACGGCGUCAACAACACGGCCACGCCCAUCUACGUCUCCGCGCCCACCUGGGAGAACCACAACAGUGUGUUUGCCGAUGCCGGCUUCAAAGACAUCCGGCCGUACCACUACUGGGACGCUGCCAAGAGAGGCCUGGACCUGGACGGGCUCCUGGACGACCUGGAGAAAGCUCCAGAACGCUCCGUCUUCGUCCUCCACGCCUGCGCACACAACCCCACCGGCACCGACCCGACCCCGGAGGAGUGGAAGAAGAUCUCCGAGAUCAUGAAGAGGAGGAGCCUGUUUGUGUUCUUUGACUCCGCCUACCAGGGCUUCGCCUCCGGCGACCUGGAUAAAGAUGCCUGGGCCAUCCGGUACUUUGUCUCCGAGGGCUUCGAGCUCUUCGUCGCUCAGUCCUUCUCCAAAAACUUCGGCCUUUACAACGAGAGAGUCGGCAACCUGACCGUGGUCGCCCAGGACGGAGAGAACUUGUCCCGCAUCCUGUCCCAGAUGGAGAAGAUCGUGAGGACGACGUGGUCCAACCCGCCGUCCCAGGGCGCCCGCAUCGUCAGCAAGACCCUCAACUCCCCCGAGCUCUUCGCCGAAUGGAAGGGCAACGUGAAGACCAUGGCAGAGCGCGUCCUGCUGAUGAGGGAUCAGCUGAAGGCCAAGCUGCAGGCUCAAGGCACCCCGGGGACCUGGGACCACAUCACCCAGCAGAUCGGCAUGUUCAGCUUCACCGGCCUGAACCCCAAACAGGUGGAGUACAUGAUCAAAGAGAAGCACGUGUACCUGAUGGCGAGCGGCCGCAUCAACAUGUGCGGCCUGACCACCAAGAACAUCGACUACGUCGCCCAGUCCAUCCACGACGCCGUCACCAAGGUCCAGUGAUGGCCUCCGUCCUGCCUCCUUCCUCCAGGAAGUAUCACCACGUCUGUGCCAUUGCCCCCCCCCCCCCCCCCCCCCCCCCCCCCCUUCUUCCCCUCCCCCUCAUUAACCUUCGGGAGGUGCAAUGAUUUUUAUUUAUUUUAGGAACACUUGAACGCACCACGUUUGAAGCUAUAAAGGUCAAACGCUAUUUCUUUUUGCGCUCUACGAAUCGUGUCUGGUCGUCAUGGAAACAAACCUUUUCCGAUUUUUUUUUUUUUUUUUAGAGAAAACAAAACACUUAGAAAUGUCUUUUAAACAGAAACUUGGAAUAAUUCAAUUGAACGGCCGGAGCUCCGCCCCUCAUACGGUGAGGAGGUCUGACCCAGGAAGGUGGUGCGACAUCGUCUUAUGCCCCCCCCCCCCCCCCACACACACACACACACACACUGGUCACUUACAUUUUUUAUUUUUUUGCUUCCUGAAUGUCAUAAAAAAACACUGGAUUAAUGUGUAGCAUUUAACAAAUUAAUAUAUAAGAAGCAGGUUGACGUGAAUAGACGUCGUCACGGUUACAGGUGCUUUUACUUAAGCACACCGGGGCCCCCCAAAAAAAACUCACUUUUUAUUUUUAAACGGCCAUCAGGAUUGACCAUUUUACAGUGUGUAUUUAUUAAUGGCAUCGUUAUGCUGAAGGUCACAGAACGACCUUGUGCCCCCUCUCUCUCUCCCUCUCUCUCGCCCCGCAGUGCCCUUAUCGUGUUACAGAAGGCCUCUCCUGUGUAUGUGAAGUCGUGUCAUGUGACCACCCUCCCAUCACGUGGUGUUUGUGAUGUCACACGCCGGUAUUCAUCAUACUGUAAUAAAUUAUUAAACACAGGAACCAAGUUUUUUUUA